GGUGCCAGUUGUCGAGUAAUGCCAGGCCGUGAUCAGCGUUCUAGGAAUAAGGUGGACCAUCGUGGAGGCGGGCGUGGGAGUAGAGCUGGCAAGAAGUAUGUCGUCGAAGAGGAUGACUUUGAUGCCGUAGCCCGUAGGAAUCGGGAUGUAGAGCAGAUCAAACGCCGUCAGCAACAAGAAGCCGAGGAAGAUUCAUCGUCGGAUGACGACAAGCCUACUGCUGCCCCUGUGUCAGCUCAUGCAAAGAGGGCACCGGAGGUGAAGACAGCAGCAGCUAAGGAACGGGUUGACUCUGAUGAUGAUAUAGCACCUCUAGGAGCUGAUCAGAGGCAUCAACCAACUCGACGAGAGCGAGAGGCUGCCGCUAAGGAGGCUGCCCACAAGGCAUACCUCGAGAAGCAGGCCAAGGGUGAAACCUCAGAAUUUAAGGCUCAAGCUCGACGUUUAGCCGAGGUGAGAGCUCGUCGAGAGGCGGCUGCUAAGAAGCGUGAAGCAGAGGAGGGUGGCCUCACUGGUAACCUGGAUGGCCCUACUGUGGGUGUACAGGCUGGUAGAGAACCCCCGAACAAGCCAACCUCAGCUCUCGCUGAAGCCAUGGGAGCUACUUCAAUGACCGCUGGCCCCAAGCGUAGAGGUGGCGGCAAGAAGAAGGGCAAACACUAAGCAUAGUGCUCACUUUAAUAUCCGUAAUACUACGUUGAUGAUAUUUCUAGUUGGGCUCUAAUUCUGGACAAGAGGCGGUAAACUGCCUUUGUUUCACAC